CUAGCACAGGUGCAGAGCCUGAGGAGGCCUUGCACACUACUACUCUCGACUCAGGCGCGUCUCGUUGCUUCUUCCGCGACAGCACCACAGUCACACCGCUCACAGUCCUUUUCCCUGUCACACUGGCCGACCCCUCUGGGGGCCUGGUAGUCGCGCGUGGGGCCACUGUUCUCCCUUGUCCGGCGGCCCCUUCCGGCCUCCUUACAGGUCUCCACCUCCCCUCGUUCGCUAAGAACUUGGUGGCUACCUCUGUCAUCCUGGACCAGUGGGUCACUGUUACCCAGCCUGGAGGCGAGCUAGAGGCGAUCUGUACGGACUCCGCACUGGUCCCUGCCCCCGCUCCUGAGGUCGCUUGCACCGCCCUGCCUUCCCUGCGUCAAAGGGCGGCAGCGCGCCGCUCCUCACUCCUCCUCGUUUCCUCCCACCACUGCUCCUCUGCAGACCCUGCACAUGGACAGCAAGGCGGAUGUCCGCGGUGUCUUGAUCGCGCUCGGUUCCAGCAGGACCUCCCUUUCCUGCAGCUGCACUCUGACCGAGGUGGUGAGUUUUGCUCCCACCUCCUCGAGGACUUCUGUGGUGCUGAGGGCAUCGUCCAGUUGUACAUUCUUCCGGCCUCUCCACAACAGAAUGGGAUUGCCGAGUGCCGCAUUGGUCUUGUCAUGGAGGUUGCUCGCACCUCCAUGAUCCCUGCAGCUGCUCCCCAUUUUCUGUGGCCGUUUGCGGUCCGAUACGCCGCUGAGCAGCUCAACCUCUGGCCCCGUGUCUCCCACCCGGAGACCUCCCCCACUUUGCGGUGGACGGGCGAGGUUGGUGAUGCGUCGGCGUUUUGGGUCUAG